AUGAAUAACGCGGAAAAUCUGAAAACCGAAGACUGCGAGAGUUUGCAUCUGUUCUCAGCCCUUACUUCUUUUUUUGCACUUGGCUCCCCUAAGAGCGGAUACAAAUCUUUGGUCAUCGGCGAAUCCGUGAUCCCUGAUUGGCUGUCUAUGCUCCGUAGCUCCGAACCUUUACUGAGUAUUCUCAACCCUGCCAACUACGACGGUCCCUUGGUACCUCUUUUCACUUUCGGUAGACAGCAGUGGCAGAUCUUACAUGGCGCGUCCCGUCCUCAUAGCAAGACGCUCCUUCAAGAUCUACAGGCGCUUGUGAACAGCUCAUGCACGGAGCCUGAAUUGCUGCCCAUCUACAACAAUACCAUCGAACUUCUACGCCGUGUCUUAUCGCUGGUGAUUCUGAAUAGCGUCGACAGCGAGGAUUAUGGCAAUGACGGCGCUGCCAGUAAUCCGUUGCCAUCAAGCACUAGCUAUCCGACGCCUAGACUUGAAGCAUGGGACGCUUUGUUAUUGCUCUGGGAAGUUUCCGGAGACUUUAUCCCGUUGCUCAAAGCGCCAGUACCAAGACAGGAGGCAGUGGUUAUAUAUGCUCAUUUCUUGAUUCUAAUCAAAAAGCUAGAGCAGAGUUGGUGGCUUGAGGGAUGGGCCACACACAUGAUGGAGAGGGUUUGGUUAUCGUUAGAUCAUCAGCAUCGAAUGUGGAUCCAGUGGGCUGUGGAAGAGAUUGGUUGGAUUCCUCCUUGA